CGUGCCGGAGAGGAUAGGUGGGGCCUCGAGAGUCUUGCUUGGAUUUCCAGUUUUCUCGUCACCUUCUCCUUCUGCUCUUCUAAAUAUAAAAGGAAAUCAAAUCUCCCCCGUAUCCUCACUCACUCGUAUCUCCAUCCAUCCCUCUGUAUCUAACCCCUUCGUUUGGAAACUCCUUUUCUCAGUCAGUGUGCAUCCGCAGUCAGUAAGAUGUCUUGCUUCAAGGGCAAAUACCAUGACGAGCUCAUUACCAAUGCAGCUCACAUUGGCACUCCUGGAAAGGGAAUUCUCGCAGCUGAUGAGUCCACCGGCACCAUUGGCAAGCGUCUGUCGAGCAUCAAUGUUGAAAAUGUCGAGACAAACAGGCGGGCCCUCCGUGAACUCCUCUUCACCACUCCUGGCGCCCUCCAGUACCUCAGCGGAGUGAUACUCUUCGAGGAAACCCUCUACCAGAAGACCGCUGGUGGCAAGCCCUUUGUUGAGGUUUUGAAGGAAGGUGGGGUCCUCCCCGGUAUUAAGGUUGACAAGGGCACGGUUGAGCUCCCGGGGACCAACGGUGAGACUACUACUCAGGGUCUUGAUGGUCUUGCCCAGCGUUGCCAGAAGUACUAUGAGGCAGGGGCCCGGUUUGCCAAGUGGCGAGCUGUGCUCAAGAUUGGGCCAACUGAGCCUUCCCAACUGGCCAUCAAUGACAACGCCAAUGGGCUAGCCCGAUACGCAGUCAUAUGCCAGGAGAACGGGCUCGUCCCUAUUGUUGAGCCCGAGAUCCUUGUGGAUGGUCCUCACAGCAUUGAGAAGUGCGCGGACGUCACUGAGCGGGUCCUUGAAGCAUGCUACAAGGCCCUGAACGACCACCACGUCCUCCUUGAGGGUACCCUCUUGAAGCCCAACAUGGUGACCCCUGGCUCAGAUGCCCCCAAGGUUGCACCCGAGGUGAUCGCUGAGCACACCGUGCGGGCCCUGCAGCGCACUGUUCCAGCAGCUGUUCCUGCAAUCGUGUUUUUGUCGGGAGGGCAGAGCGAGGAGCAGGCAACCAUCAACCUCAACGCCAUGAACAAGCUCAAGGGGAAGAAGCCGUGGAGUCUCUCCUUCUCGUUCGGGCGGGCCCUCCAGCAGAGCACCCUUAAGGCCUGGUCGGGGAAGGCAGAGAACGUGCCCAAGGCCCAGGCAGCCUUCCUCACGAGGUGCAAGGCUAACUCGGAGGCCACCCUGGGGACCUACAAGGGUGAUGCCCAGCUCGGGGAGGGAGCUGCUGAGAGCCUCCAUGUCAAGGACUACAAGUACUGAUUGAGCAUAGCUUGUUCUUAAAUCUUAAGCAUGAGGGCGGCAAUAUGGACACAAAUAAGCUUGAGUUUUUGGCAUUUUGUUUAAGAAUGGUUUGUUGUUUGACAUUUUGGGGGAACUUUUUGAUUAGUUCGGAAAUCGACUGUUGCUGUUAGCAAGGCAUAUCAAUAUUUGGCGAUGAUCUUUUGAUGCA